AAUGAAUAGUGAACUAAGAAAUAAGAUAAAGUUUCUAAAUCAAGAUUAUUUACGAACUAUAACGAGUAUUCUUUGUCAAAAUGGACUUAAAGAAGACUUUUGUAUUGACUAUUUCAUGAAUGGUUUACAUAUUUUUCAACAUAAUUCAUCAUCUUUGAGAGAUGCUAUUAACUUCCUUUCGUCGUAUGGUUUUCGUGAUGACCUUAUCUUGAAAAUGUUGAUUAAUUUCCCUGAACUUCUGGAGGGAAAAAAGGAAAAUAUUAUUAAAACAAUUAACAUUUUGAGGUUAAAAUUUGACUUUAAAGAUUUUAUGAUUCCGUCUGUCAUUGUUGACACUCCUGAACUGAUAGACCUAAAGGCUGAAGAUCUUGAAUUACGAUUUAGCAAUCUUUUAAAAUAUUUCAAGAAAAAUCAUAUUAGAAGCUUGACACGAUCUUGUCCUCAAAUUCUCUUUGAUGAUUGGGAAUCAAUUGUAGAAAAGAUUGACUAUAUUCUAUUUGAGAUGAACUUUGAUCAGAAGCAAAUUGUUCAAGCAGAAUUGUUCAGACAUUCGUUGAUGCAUAUAAAAUUUAGACAUUUAUUGCUAAUUCGAUCGGGAGUUUGGCAGAAGCCAGGAAAGCAAAGUAAAGGUAUUUCAGAUCAGCCUUCGUUAAAAAAAAUUUUAUGCUGUAGUGAAUAUGAAUUUGCGUUGUUGUCUGGGCUCAGCGUAAGAGAGAUUAAGGCAUUCGAGCAGAUUGUUAAGGUUGAAUCUGAUUUACGGAAUAAAAUGGCUAUGGACAACGAAGAUAUACAAGAUGAAGAGCAGGAAAAUAAUGUUUAA